AUGGCCUCAUUGAAUGGCCUCACAGACAAAACAAGCGGGUCCGAGUCUUUUGUAGCUCAGUGUCCCACAUUCGUACGGACGACUUGGGGAGUGGCCGGAGAAGAGCGAAGACGCAGAUGGAGCCUUCAAGGCAAGACCGCACUUGUCACCGGUGGAACCAAAGGCACUGGGCAUGCUAUAGUGGAAGAACUAGCAGGCUUUGGGGUGAUAGUACAUACGUGUGCUCGAGACGAAUCUCAGCUCAAUGAGUGUUUAAGUGAAUGGAAAAAGAAAGGGUUUCAAGUCACUGGUUCAGUUUGUGAUGCAUCGUCCGCGACUGAGAGAGAGAAGCUCAUGCAAACUGUGUCCUCGUUGUUCAAUGCCAAGCUCAAAGAUUUCUCGUUCCACGUUUCGACCAACUUGGAGUCUGCCUAUCAUUUUAGCCAGCUUGCACAUCCUAUGCUCAAGGCUACAGGAUGUGGGAACAUUGUGUUUAUAUCCUCUGUUGCUGCGGUCGUGUCAUUUAGCGUCAGCUCCAUCUAUUGUGCCACAAAAGGGGCGAUGAAUCAGCUAGCAAUGAAUUUAGCAUGCGAGUGGGCGAUUGACAACAUAAGGGCUAAUGCUGUGGCUCCUGGACUAAUUGCCACUCAAGCUGAAGCUGCGAUUGACGAUGGAUUUAAGAAGGGGAUGAUUUCAGGAAAGCCCUUAGGGCGGUUAGGGAGACAGGAGGAGGUAGCAUCGCUGGUGGCAUUUCUUUGUAUGCCUGCAGCUUCUUAUAUUACUGGUCAGACCAUUAGCGUCGAUGGAGGUAUCACUAUUAACGGCUUCUCGUAUCAGCCACAUGCUUAA